GGGAUAACGCUGGCAAAGAUGAGGAAAAUUGGCUGCGCUCUCCUGGUACUCCAAGCUCUUCUGGCGCCUUUGGAUCUGGUUCGUGGAGCGGAGAAAACUUAUCCCAUCCUGAACAUUGCAGUGAUUCUGGGGAGGACCAAGUAUAUCACAGAGAGAGAUAUCAGAGCUCUCUGGACCAGGGAAAUGUCAGCAGACCUGACUGUUGAUGUCAAUGUAGUGACCCUUCUGGUGAACCAGACUGACCCCAAGAGCAUCAUAACACAUGUUUGUGACUUGAUGUCCGGCACCAAGAUCCAUGGAGUGGUUUUUGGAGAUGAUACUGAUCAGGAGGCAGUAGCUCAGAUUUUGGAUUUUAUUUCUUCUCAGACUUCUAUUCCAAUUCUUGGAAUCCAUGGUGGGGCCUCCAUGAUAAUGGCAGAUAAGGAUGUGAUGUCCACGUUCUUCCAGUUUGGGGCUUCCAUCCAGCAAGAAGCCAUUGUCAUGCUGAAGAUCAUGCAGGAUUAUGACUGGCACGUGUUUUCCCUGGUGACCACCACCUUCCCUGGAUAUCGAGACUUCAUCAAUGUCAUCAAGACCACAGUGGAAAAUAGUUUUGUGGGCUGGGACAUGCAGAAUGUCAUUGUACUUGAUACUGCCUUUGGAGAUGCCAAGACCCAAAUUCAGCUGAAGAAGAUUCAUUCAUCUGUCAUCCUGCUAUAUUGUUCCAAGGAUGAAGCUGUCUACAUACUGGAUGAGGCUCGUUCCCUGGGCCUUACUGGCUAUGAUUUCUUUUGGAUCGUUCCCAGCCUGGUUAGUGGUAACACAGAAAUCACUCCCAAGGAGUUUCCUUCAGGACUCAUUUCAGCGUCUUACGAUGAAUGGGACUACAGUUUAGAAGCUCGGGUACAGGAUGGCCUUGGGAUUAUUGCCACUGCUGCAUCAGCCAUGCUGGAAAAAUAUUCCUUCAUUCCCGAAGCGAAAACGAGCUGCUAUGGACAACCGGAGAAAAAUGACCGGCCUUCGCACACCUUGCACAAGUUUAUGAUGAACGUGACUUGGGAAGGCAGAGACCUGUCCUUCACGGCAGACGGUUACCAGGCGCACCCCCGGCUGGUGGUGAUAGUGCUGAACAACGACCGGGCCUGGGAGAAGGUGGGGAAAUGGGAGAACAACUCGCUGAGCCUGAAGUACUCUGUCUGGCCAAGGUACAGCUCCUUCGCAGACAGCGACCCAGACGAUAACCAUCUGAGUAUUGUCACCCUGGAGGAGGCUCCCUUUGUCAUUGUCGAGGAUGUGGAUCCUCUGAUGGAGAGUUGCCAAAAGAACACUGUGCCAUGCCGUAAAUUUGUCAAAAUUAACAACUCAACUAAUGAGGGAACUAAUGUAAAGAAGUGCUGCAAAGGAUUCUGCAUUGAUAUCUUGAAGAAGUUGUCUAAAACCGUGAAGUUCACCUAUGACCUGUAUUUGGUGACUAAUGGGAAACAUGGCAAAAAAGUCAAUAAUGUGUGGAAUGGAAUGAUUGGUGAAGUGGUGUAUCAUCGUGCGGUUAUGGCUGUGGGGUCUCUCACCAUCAACGAGGAGCGCUCUGAAGUGGUGGACUUUUCAGUGCCGUUUGUGGAGACUGGGAUUAGUGUCAUGGUGUCACGGAGCAAUGGCACGGUUUCACCAUCGGCUUUUCUAGAGCCUUUUAGCGCUUCUGUCUGGGUGAUGAUGUUUGUGAUGCUUCUCAUCGUGUCCGCCAUGGCUGUCUUUAUAUUCGAGUACUUUAGUCCUGUGGGAUAUAACAGGAACUUAGCACAGGGGAGAGAUCCCCACGGACCAUCCUUUACCAUUGGGAAGGCAGUGUGGUUGCUGUGGGGUUUGGUGUUCAACAACUCUGUGCCUGUGCAGAACCCCAAAGGGACGACCAGUAAAAUCAUGGUGUCGGUCUGGGCGUUCUUUGCUGUCAUCUUCCUGGCCAGUUACACUGCCAACUUAGCUGCCUUUAUGAUUCAGGAGGAAUUCGUUGACCAAGUGACCGGACUGAGUGAUAAAAAGUUCCAACGGCCGCAUGAUUAUUCACCUCCUUUUCGGUUUGGAACGGUCCCGAAUGGAAGCACCGAGAGGAAUAUCAGAAACAACUACCCUGAUAUGCACCUUUACAUGACGAAGUAUAAUCAGAAAGGAGUUGAAGAUGCCUUGGUCAGCUUGAAAACUGGGAAGUUGGAUGCUUUCAUCUAUGAUGCAGCGGUGCUGAAUUACAAGGCUGGAAGAGAUGAAGGCUGCAAACUGGUCACAAUAGGGAGCGGAUACAUCUUUGCCACAACGGGCUAUGGAAUAGCGCUGCAGAAAGGAUCGCCGUGGAAGAGACAGAUUGAUCUAGCCCUCCUGCAGUUUGUCGGAGAUGGGGAAAUGGAAGAGUUAGAAACCCUGUGGCUGACUGGGAUUUGCCACAAUGAGAAGAACGAAGUCAUGAGCAGCCAGCUGGACAUCGACAACAUGGCAGGAGUGUUUUAUAUGCUGGCAGCAGCCAUGGCGCUCAGUUUAAUAACCUUUGUCUGGGAGCACUUAUUUUACUGGAAACUGAGAUUCUGCUUCACUGGAGUCUGCUCAGAUAGGCCGGGAUUGCUGUUCUCAAUCAGUAGGGGUAUUUACAGCUGCAUUCAUGGAGUACACAUUGAAGAAAAAAAGAAGUCUCCUGACUUUACUUUGACCAAUUCCCAAACCAACAUGUUAAAACUACUGCGAACAGCAAAAAAUAUGACCAAUAUCAAUCCUUCAAGAAUUAACUCCCCCAAAAGAACAGCUGAUUUUAUUCAGAGGGGUUCCUUGAUUAUGGACAUGGUCAUGGAUAAGGGAAACUUGAUAUUUUCUGAUAACAGAUCCAACUUUUUUGGUGACAACGUGAGUGAACUCCAGACGCUUCCUGGCAAUCGACACAAGGACAAUCUUAACAACUAUGUUUUCCAAGGUCAGCAUCCUCUCACGCUGAAUGAGUCCAAUCCAAACACAGUAGAGGUUGCAGUAACAGCAGAAGCGAAAACGAACUCCAGACCCAGGCAGCUUUGGAGGAAAUCUGUUGAAUCUUUACGUCAAGAGUCUGUACGUCAGAGCCAAGGUUCCCAGAGAGAAAACGGGUCAGAUGAAAACAGGCAGCUUUCAGUGAAAAGCCAAAGAUACCUUCCUGAAGAGAUUGUCCAUUCAGAUGUGUCAGAGACAUCAAGCCGAGCUACUUGCCACAUGGAACCUGAAAACAACAACAAGCACCACAAAACCAAGGACAAUUUUAAAAAAAGGACAGCAGCAUCGAAAUACCCAAAAGACUGUAGUGAAGUGGAACUGACAUAUCUGAAAACCAAACAGAGCUCUCCACGGGAGAAAAUCUACACGAUUGAUGCUGACAAGGAGCCCGGAUUCCGCUUGGACACACCUCAGUACAUCGAAAACAUUGUCCUUCCAGAAACAAUAGAGUUUCCUGAUGUUUACCAAGACCACAACGACAACUACAGGAAAGCAGAACAUGCUAACAGGGCUCCCUUGCAUAAUGAAGACAGUCUUCCAAACAAUGACCAGUAUAAACUUUAUGCAAAGCACUACACUUCAAAAGAUAAAAAUGCUUCCCUAGUUGACGCGAACGACAGAUACAGACAGAACUCCACCCACUGCAGGAGCUGCCUUUCCAAUCUGCCCACUUAUGCGGGACACUAUUCGAGCAGAUCUCCCUAUAAAUGCGACGCCUGCUUGCGGAUGGGGAACCUCUAUGAUAUCGAAGAAGAUCAGAUGCUGCAGGACACGACGAACUUAUCACUUCCUGAAGAAAUAUAUGGGCACAGUUGGUCACAAAAUAAUGCUCUGCAAUAUCAUAAAAAAAAUAAGUUGAGGAUUAGCAGGCAACAUUCUUUUGAUAAUAUCGCUGAUAAGUCCAGGGAACUUGAUAUUGGAAGACCUUCUCGUAGUAUAAGCUUGAAAGAGAGAGAGAAAUUUCUACAAAGUAGUCCAUAUGCAAGCAUGUUUAGUGUUCCCUCAAGCAAACUGUUGAGCAACAAGGCCUCACUUUUAACUCCUGCUCUAGAGGACAGUAAGCGGAGCAAGUCCCUGUAUCCUCUGCACUCAGACGAUAACCCCUUUCUGCACUCGUGUCGUGAUGACCAGCACUUGUCUCUUAGGCGAAGUCCAGCUGAUCUCUAUAAACUUUCAUUGCCCACAAGAGGAAGAAAUGACAAUUAUUUAAGGUCAUCCAUAAAGUCUACAGCAUCAUACUGUUCCAGGGAUGGUCAGAUCCGUAAUGACAUGUACAUUUCAGAGCAUGUUUUGCCUUACGUUGCCAAUAGGAAUAGCUUGUACUCAACUCCAAGGGUUUUAAAUUCCUGUAGCAAUAGACGCGUGUAUAAGAAAAUGCCUAGCAUUGAAUCAGAUGUUUAA